GUCUGCCCAGGUAGUCGACAUAACUGAGCAAAACACAGCGAAGCACCACGAAGCACCACGAAGAGAGCUAGUAAACCCGUUUUAUACUUUCAUAAAUCCACAUAUUUCAGUUCAGUCUGAAUGUGAGACCGAGCGAGCUGAGAGUGUUUUCAGGGCCCAAUCGUCUUUCUUGAUCUGUGAAGUGAAUCGGCGCCGAUAACCGAUACCUAAAAUUACAUCAAUAUCGGACCUGAUACCGAUGAUAACCCAGAUUAAUCUCAUUUCUAAUUGGUGCAUCUCUAACUGACGUAAAAACAAGCUCGUUUCCUGCUGCAGUCUGACAGGUUGAUGAUCACAUCGAGGAGAGCAGAGAGCGAUCACAACCAUGGCCCUCGCUGAGGAGCAGCCCGAGAAGCACUGCUGGGUGUGUUUUGCCACUGAGAGAGAUGACCGCAGUGCAGAGUGGGUGAGCCCCUGCAGGUGUAAAGGCUGCACUAAAUGGAUCCACCAGUCGUGUCUGCAGCGCUGGCUGGACGAGAAGCAGAAAGGAAACAGUGGAGGAGCGGUUAGCUGCCCGCAGUGUGGCACCGAGUACCACAUCACCUUCCCCAAGAUGGGCCCGUUGGUGUAUUUCCUGCAGCAGGUGGACCGCGCCCUGUCCCGCGCCAGCCCGUUCGCUGCAGUCGGGGUCGUGGUCGGAACGGUGUACUGGUCCGCCGUCACAUACGGGGCUGUGACCGUCAUGCAGGUGGUGGGGCAUAAGAAGGGUCUGUACGUGAUGGAGCGAGCUGACCCGCUCUUCCUGCUCAUGGGUCUGCCCACCAUCCCCGUGGUCCUGGUGCUGGGGAAGAUGAUCCGCUGGGAGGAUUACAUCGUGAGGCUGUGGCAGAGAUACAGGGGGAAGCUGCAGCCAGGUACCACUCGGUAUCUGCCCCGGGUCCCUGCGGACGGGCCAGGAUCAGGAGACCACCUCUCAGUGUCGAGGACGCUGUGUGGCGCUCUCAUCUUCCCCUCCAUCGCCAGUCUGAUGGGACGGCUGCUGUUUGGACGGGUGAACGCGAACCUUCAGCGCACUGUUCUGGGAGGCAUCGCGUUCGUUCUCAUCAAAGGUGUGAUGAAGGUGUAUUUCAAACAGCAACAGUACGUCAUUCAGGCCAACCGAGAGAUCCAAAACUACCCCGAGAGAAACGGAGACGGACAACAGGACGGCGGGGACGAGGACACGGAGGACAGCGGGAACGAGUAGUUUGGAAUGACUUUUCAGAUGAGAAAACACGGAGGAAGAGGAAGACAUCGGGAUGACAGGAGGACCUUUAGUGUUCGACGGCAGGGGUUAGUUUAGAGAGAUAUCAGCGUGUUUACAUGCGCGGCGUGGACGUAUCCGAUGCAAGGUUAAAAUAAAAAUAUGAUGAAGUGCUGUUUCCAAAUUAAAGAAGCUGCAGCAUGCAGUGCAAGAGAGACGCUUUGAGAUCCAACGUGUAUUUUGAUUUGAUAGUUUGUCCCAUCUGUUAACAUGGAGGAGGCGGGGCUUAGGACCUUUACUGCAGCCAGUCAGCAGGGGGAGCUCUUAAUGUUUUGGCUUCACUUGAGGACAGGUGUGCAGUCUUUUCUUCAAACGGAACAAGCCGGUGGUCGUUCGUCUGAGUGUGGGAGGAUUGUUAAAUGUUGGACUUAACGCCCCCGUUUGAAUGUGAGCGUGCUCAGCGCAUGAAGCCGAGUGAACAAAGGGUUUAUAUAACCAACCUUCAUCACACCUGUUAUCUCUACCUGGAGCUCCAGGCUCUGUCCAGCCUUCAUCUCCCCUCCUCUCCUCCGCCUAACGGGCUCUGACUCGUUGAGGGGCGACCUGAAGUCUGUGAGCACACACAUUAAUGAAAAGCGUUUAUUUACCCCUUCACAUCGACUUUUGGGUAACACAAGAUGACGACAACAUAAACAUCUGCAGGGACUCAAAACAAAGACAUACAUCCAAAGUUUAAAUCUGCACACUGAAAGCUACCAGCUGCCUCUUGCAACAGGUGGUGGAUUUCAACACAAGUCCCGCCUCUGGCAAGGCAAAUAGUCAAUCAGAGUUAAGGAUUUUGGGGUGGUCUAUAUGUUUUGAAGGGGGGCCCAUACCACCCCUGGCCACCCCUCUGGACACGCCCCCUCAGACAUCCUCCAGUCGGAUUCAAACAAACACAGAAUUCUUGUUUCUAACAUUAAAAAUGAUUAUGCCUUAAAAAAGUCUAUCACUGUCCUCCGGUUGAUGUGCCUUAUGUCACACUCAGAGAGCUGAGCAUAUAUUUAUUAAGCACAUUUCAUUACAGGUGAGCUCAACGUGCUUUACUGUAAAAUCAUGAACAAGACGAAGAAAUCGAAUCGCUAAAACACGCAGCCGAAUGUUCAUCAGCGACACCACAGAGCUAUCAGACAACAACAAGCAAAAGCAUGCUCACCGCCAAUAACAGGACGGACAUCUGUCUGUUAUCUCUGCUGCAGUUUCACAGUUUGCACCAGUUAAAGGAGCAAUAUGUAACUCUGACCCCUAGUGGUUAAAAUGGGUACUGCAGUCUAAAUUCUAAACAUCAUAGAGAGCUGUCUCCCCCCCUCCUCUCUAGAGUCCAUGCUCACACAGGUCACCAUGUGGUGGACUCUGAAGCUUCAGUGUUUAUCCAGCAUGGGUCUGUAAACCUUUCUGUGUUCUAACCUCUCUCCAUUUUUCAAAAGCAUCUCCAAUAUUGAUCCUAGUUUGAGCACGUUUCUGCUCGUGGAGCUUAUUAGAAACAUGCAGAGGCUUUUUAGGUCGGGUACAAUCACUUCUAUCUGAACCACUUCUCUUGCCCGCUUCCAUCGUUGCAACACCUGUUGACCUGAUAACUGCUCUCAUAUCUGGCAAACAGAGGGGCGUCCAAAACGGCCGUGUGGGGGCGGGUCUUAAAAGCGCCUACCUUCUCUGGUCCAAACAAAUCCAGAGCAUUCAGGAGCAGAAUCUAAAGUUAGAAGGAGGACAUACUGACUGCUGCAUUGUUGUCAGAGAAGCCAGCACUUCAACAUGUUUCCUUAAUGAUCAGAUAGUAAGAUACCUUUAUCAUCUCAUGCAGCAGAUAUUUUACAUGUUGCUCCUUUAACUGCACACAGACUUUGUUUCAGAUGGUCCCGUACACCGUUAGUCCUUCAGGAGGCUUUUCCUUGUUUGAACACAGGGUGGCACUGCUAUUUGCAAGCACUCAUUAAAUGCUCUCUCAUGUUUCACACAUCAGUUGUGGUGUGAUGUUAUAUUUUAAUAUUUGGACAUGCUGACUCGCGGGUUCCUGCAGACUGACGAGAUAAAAACAUGUGAAGGAAUUUCAAACUUGUGUUUUGUAUGACGACAGAAACUCGUUGACGAUGUCACUUGAUGCACCGAUUAAAGUUGUUCUGUUGUUCAGAAUAUAAAAACACAAGUUUGAGACUUCUGGUGCGUCCGACAGUAAGAGAUGUUCCCCGCUGCCCGAUUUAAUGUCUGAUCGAUGGGACGACUCAAACUGCACAACUUUGUCAUUGUGUGUAAAUUAAAAAAACUGAUUUUUAUUGUUUUGAAUAAUUGGUGAAUAAAGUUAUUUUAAACAAAGAGGAGUUACUCAUUUGUUUUAUUCCUCUAAAGGAAACUUAAAAAAAAAUAAAGUGUGGGCGAAAUUUCAAAUUAAAGUGAAGACCUUUAUUUUUAAUCUGGCUUUUAUUUUGAAAGGAUCUUUGUUUUUCUCUCUGGUGUUCAUUUUGUCUUAAUCAACUUAAACUUCUGUUUUGACUCAAUUUAUUUAAUAAAUAUUUUAUUCUUGUAUUGCCUGUCUUAAUGUUUUAGGACUUCCUGUCUGUACUUCCUGUCUGUUCUCCUGUGAAGCACUUUGAACUGCUGUAAUGUCUGAAGACUGCUUUAUAAAUAAAGUUGAGAAUGUUGUUUUUAAAUCUA